UCCAAAUCACAGGUCGCGGCGCGUGCGGGGAGGUGAAACAGUCAGCUUGAUAUAUCAUUACUUUGUAAGUGCCUAUCAGCGGUCCCCUCCCUACAUGCGAUUCACACCAUCCAGUUAUGUUUGGUUUUCCCGGCUACGUAGCUUUACCGGCGAACUGCGUCUGCCAGUGACUCCCUCCUGCCGCUUGAGACGGACAUUUCACAGCGGACCUCCUCUACUCUUCGUCAGGAAACUCAUGAUGCAGUCUAGCCGGAAUGUGACCACGAGCAGCAGCAGUUGUGGUGAGGGGGGUUUUGGAAGAGCAGAUAAGAAAGGGUCGGGGCUUUCUAGCGACAUUCCUGUUAUCAAGACGGAAGAUACCGAUCCUCCGGCAGAGAAGAAACGCGUGGGGAGCACGCUUGUUGUCAACGAGAGAAAAUUAAGGACCCCGAGUCCCCUGUUUGGGGCCAACUAUGAUGACGACUCAGAGGCAGAGUCUUUCCGGGAUGGGAGAACUGAGGAAGUGGACCGGGACACCAGGGGCAGGGCAUUUGUAUGGUGCAGGGACUUUCUGUCAGGCUCGUGGAAAACCAUUGGGGAGGAUGAUUUUCAAAUCAGCAUCGUCAGUGGUGGACUCAGUAAUCUGCUGUACCUGUGUAGUUUACCUGACCAUGUGAACUCUGAAGGAGAGGAGCCCCGCCAAGUGCUCCUCAGAAUCUAUGGGGCCAUCUUACAGGGAGUGGACUCUCUGGUAUUGGAGAGUGUGAUGUUUGCCAUUCUAGCAGAACGAAGUCUUGGGCCAAGACUGUAUGGCAUCUUCCCCCAGGGGCGCUUGGAACAGUACCUACCGAAUACCAGAAUGCGCACAGAUCAACUUUCAGAUCCAGCCAUCUCAGCUGAGAUUGCCAGCAAGUUGUCCCGCUUCCAUCAGAUGGUAAUGCCCUUCAACAAGGAGCCUAAGUGGCUGUUUGGGACCAUUGACAAGUACAUGGAUCAAGUGAUGAAGCUCAGUUUUGGACGUGAAGCACAUGUAAAGAAGUACAAUAAGCUGAUGAAGCUGGACCUGCCCGCUGAGCUGGAAAGCCUCCGUGCAUUGCUGGCGGCAACUCCAUCUCCAGUGGUUUUCUGCCAUAAUGACGUCCAAGAAGGAAACAUUCUGAUGCUGGAGGAAAAGGACCAAAGCUCAACAGAUCAUCUAAUGCUGAUAGACUUUGAGUACAGCAGUUACAAUUACAGGGGUUUUGACUUUGGGAACCAUUUCUGUGAGUGGAUGUAUGACUACACCUACAACCAGUGGCCCUUCUACAAAGCCACACCAGACAACUAUCCCACCAGAGAGCAGCAGCUUCAUUUUAUCCGAAGUUAUCUGGCAGAACAGGGACAAUACUCUGACAUGACCAUGGACCAGUCACAGAUUGAGGAGGACAUGAUCAUUGAAGCAAACAGGUAUGCCUUAGCAUCCCACUUCCUCUGGGGUCUGUGGUCAAUCAUCCAAGCAAAGAUAUCCAAGAUUGAGUUUGGAUACAUGGACUAUGCUCAGUGUCGAUUUGAUGCCUACUUCAAGCAAAAGAAGCUUUUCUCCUGAUUCCCUCCUUCAUGUCUCAAUCUUUCCUUAUCAUUCUUGAUGCUCAUGUUUCUUUAUUGAGGAUCCUUUUCUGCCACAUCUUACUGUAACUACAGUCCUAUGCAGCUUUGCCUAUGACACACAAAGUUGAGUCAAAGGUAGACAUUAACAUUCAUACACGGAGCACACUCACAAGCCUGCAGGUAGACAGUUUCAGUACUAUAAUGGGAAGUUUGUUAGAGCAGGUAGUUUUUUUAGCACUGUAUGUUGUUCUCUGCCACCCAACCAUCAUUUAUAACAGCCACUUAAUUGUCUUUCUGUCAGUAGCUACUUCUGUAACAUUUUAUUUACUUAUGCAAUAGUAUUAAGUUCAGUGUCGAAGGCUUUUCUGUUUUUAUUCAUUCUACCUCACUUCUUUUUUUAUUCUGAAUUAGAGUGUAUGGAUCCUAGAGAGCCUGAUAACAAGUUCAUCCUGUGUGGAAAUAUUCCUUCUUGUUCUUCUUGGACAUGAUGUUAAAAUCUCAUAUCUACCAAAUUAUUACAAGAGGGCUAAUUCAUGGAAUCUCAUUGUAGUCAAUAAUGAAGUUAAUUUAAUGGCAGCAGAGGGAGAAAGGAUUUAAAUAGGUCAUCUUUGAUCCUGUCACUUCUUGUAAAACUAUUUACUAACUAAACAUUUCUGUUCUCUCUUUAUUUUUAACUGUCUGACUUAUUUUAUUAUGCUUGAAUUAAUUUUGGUUAUAUACUGUGUUCUGGUACUGUCCGAGCGUUUUAUGAUCUUAUCAGUCCUAACUUAUCUAGAUAUCUUUCUUUUUUUCCAACUGUAAAAGGCACAUGUAUGCAGCCACAUCAUCUUGAAUUCCUUUUUGUCAUUUUCAAAAAUAAUUUACAGCUGCUUCCAAACAAAAGACACAUUAUGUUUGACCCUUUGAGUCUGUCUGAAUUUGAAGUGAAGUUUGGCAUUUUUGCAAGUCUUCUUAUUUUCUUUGUGUAAAUUCCUCUUUUAUUGUUAUUAUUCUAUUUAUUUUUAUUUUCUGCAGUCUCCCUUGUAUUUUAAAGAAUGCACUACCAUCAAUCAUCAACUUGAUUCCUUGUUUGCACAUAGCUGCAUCAGUUUACUUAUGAGAAGAAACUAGAAGCUGAACUGUGCCUCAUUUACUACCUGUAUGUGUUUUUAAACCUUUAUUUUCCCUGCACAGUUUAGAUUUGUCUUUGCAUUAUGUUGGUCAUUGAUGCACUUCUAAAUUGUAAAUGAGAAGAAAAUAAACAUAUGUGC